AAGAAAGAAGAAAGAAGAAAGAAGAAAGAAAGAAGAAAGAAGAAAGAAGAAAGAAGAAAGAAGAAAGAAGAAAGAAGAAAGAAGAAAGAAGAAAGAAGAAAGAAGAAAGAAGAAAGAAGAAAGAAGAAAGAAGAAAGAAAGAAGAAAGAAGAAAGAAGAAAGAAGAAAGAAGAAAGAAGAAAGAAGAAAGAAGAAAGAAGAAAGAAGAAAGAAGAAAGAAGAAAGAAGAAAGAAGAAAGAAGAAAGAAGAAAGAAGAAAGAAGAAAGAAGAAAGAAGAAAGAAGAAAGAAGAAAGAAGAAAGAAGAAAGAAGAAAGAAGAAAGAAGAAAGAAGAAAGAAGAAAGAAGAAAGAAGAAAGAAGAAAGAAGAAAGAAGAAAGAAGAAAGAAGAAAGAAGAAAGAAGAAAGAAGAAAGAAGAAAGAAGAAAGAAGAAAGAAGAAAGAAGAAAGAAAAAAAGAAAGAAGAAAGAAGAAAGAAGAAAGAAGAAAAGAAGAAAGAAGAAAGAAGAAAGAAGAAAGAAGAAAGAAGAAAGAAGAAAGAAGAAAGAAGAAAGAAGAAAGAAGAAAGAAGAAAGAAGAAAGAAGAAAGAAGAAAGAAGAAAGAAGAAAGAAGAAAGAAGAAAGAAGAAAGAAGAAAGAAGAAAGAAGAAAGAAGAAAAAAGAAAGAAGAAAGAAGAAAGAAGAAAGAAGAAAGAAGAAAGAAGAAAGAAGAAAGAAGAAAGAAGAAAGAAGAAAAAAGAAAGAAGAAAGAAGAAAAAAGAAAGAAGAAAGAAGAAAGAAGAAAGAAGAAAGAAGAAAGAAGAAAGAAGAAAGAAGAAAGAAGAAAGAAGAAAGAAGAAAGAAGAAAGAAGAAAGAAGAAAGAAGAAAGAAGAAAGAAGAAAGAAGAAAGAAGAAAGAAGAAAUAAGAAAGAAGAAAGUUGAAAGAAUAAAGAAGAAAGAAGAAAGAAGAAAGAAGAAAGAAAGAAGAAAGAAAGAAGAAAGAAAAAAAAGAAUGAAGAAAGAAGAAAGAAGAAAGAAGAAAGAAGAAGAAAGAAGAAAGAAGAAAGAAGAAAGAAGAAAGAAGAAAGAAGAAAGAAGAAAGAAGAAAGAAGAAAGAAGAAAGAAGAGAGAAGAAAGAAGAAAGAAGAAAGAAGAAAGAAGAAAGAAGAAAGAAGAAAGAAGAAAGAAGAAAGAAGAAAGAAGAAAGAAGAAAGAAGAAAGAAGAAAGAAGAAAGAAGAAAGAAGAAAGAAGAAAGAAGAAAGAAGAAAGAAGAAAGAAGGAAAGAAGAAAGAAGAAAGAAGAAAGAAGAAAGAAGAAAGAAGAAUGAAGAAAGAAGAAAGAAGAAAGAAGAAAGAAGAAAGAAGAAAGAAGAAAGAAAAAAGAAGAAAGAAGAAAGAAGAAAGAAGAAAGAAGAAAGAAGAAAGAAGAAAGAAGAAAGAAGAAAGAAGAAAGAAGAAAGAAGAAAGAAGAAAGAAGAAAGAAGAAAGAAGAAAGAAGAAAGAAGAAAGAAGAAAGAAGAAAGAAGAAAGAAGAAAGAAGAAUGAAGAAAGAAGAAAGAAGAAAGAAGAAAGAAGAAAAAAAAGGAGAAAGAAGAAAGAAGAAAGAAGAAAGAAGAAAGAAGAAAAAAGAAGAAAGAAGAAAGAAGAAAGAAGAAAGAA